AUGCAUGAGAAACUAGUAGAACAUGCGCAGCUCGCGCAUGCAAGCGAAUCGGACGAAUACCGCGUAGAUACCAAGUUUUUCAGAAAUAGGGACGAUUACGAGGUCUGGCGGAGAAACGAGGAAAAGCAACAUGUUCUACAAUGGGCCAAGACAUCAGCUCAAUCGUCCGAAGGUCGAAAAGUCUCGCACUAUCGAUGUAGCCGCGCCAUACCCUUCCCCAGUUACACCGUUACGCAGGGGCCUCGAUCGAAAAAAAGUGUUCCUUAUUGCACUGCAUUUUUGAGGGUGUCUGAGGAAAGCAAUGGCAUUUCUGUAACGUAUUGCAACCAGCACUGCGGUCAUGAGCUGCAACCCGCUCAACUGAGCAUCGAUAAAAAUGACGAGAGCUACAUUGUCAGUAUGCUCAAAACGGGUUUCAGCGCAAAUCAAAUUCUUAAAAAAAUAAGGAUGGAAUACAGAAGCAAAGAAAAGGAUCGUUUGUAUUACACUACCGCAAAGGACAUAAGAAACAUUGCUGUCCGUCACAAGAUAGAGCCGGGAAGGAAACAUGAGCUCGAUUUAAAAUCCGUUGAAAUCAGAGUUGAGGAAGGCUCUGUAGACGACGGUAUUCACAUCUACGCACCUGCAAAAGAGGAGAGCGGUGACGGGUUCCUGCUAGUAGUGGUCACCCCAGUGCAGGAGGCACGGUUGACUCGAUAUGGCCGUCGUGGUGUUUCUAUAGAUGAUACGUUCAAUCUCACAAAGUACUCCUUGCGAUUGGCCACUGUCAUUGUAGCCGACGAAUGGGACAUGGGCUUACCCAGCGCCUAUCUUCUAUCCCACAGGAGUCCACGUGUUCAACAGUGGGGCGGUUUUUCGCGUGUCAACGCAUGUAUGAAUACUUCUAUGUUGGGAGAACGCUUCCAUAAGAGGCUGAAACAUGAACUACCCGACUCAAAGUCUAAUAUGCGACUUGACCGCCUCCUAGAUCUCAUCAUCUCACUUCCUGCUGACAUGGAGCAGGAUCGCACCAUUAAGUUGAAUAACCACUGCCUCAAAGGCGAAUGUGGUGCGUGUGGCUACGGUUAUCGUUGUGAUUGCAAGAAAGACAUACAGUCAGGUAAAGUCACGGGCGACAUCUGCGGCCAUGUAGAAAACAUGGAAAACACUGGCUUGGUAGCAGAGUCUUCUGAAGUAACUUGCUUUGCCCAAGAUCGCAUCGCAAGAACUGAUAUUUUGGAUUCAAAUAACAAUUUGGUUCAUGAAAUUGAAACCGUAAGGGUAAUUAUGCGGUGGUACGAUGCAACAUCCUCAAAAUCUCGAAAGUACCAGUCAUCGAAGCGAGUCACUGCCUUGAAGAAGUACUCGAUGCCAUGA